CUUCUCACUUCCGCAGAGCUGGAGAGCCAGGAGGUGUCGGACAAUACAAAGAGCCCCUCUCCAUUCCCCAUGUCCUUGCCCGCCAGCUACCAGGUGCUUGAUGCGGACUACUUGUUCCUGAAGGAGGCCAGCCAGGACAUCAUGCAGAACUCCAGCAUGCAGACCUACUCGCAGUCCCUGGUCAUCCUGCAGGCCAGCCGCCCGCCCACAGUCAACGCCAGCUACGGGCCUCUCUCCGUGGAGAGGGUGGUGCCGCUGGACCUGGUCCAAACAGUCCAGCUCUUCCGCUCCACCAGAGACUUUACGUUCAACUGGAAGGUCCAGUCCUUCGUGCUGACCCGCCGGGUCUUCUCCUCGUCGCCCAAGGUCCGGGUGCUGUUCUACGUGGCGGGCAGGGACUGGGACAGCGGUGAUGCGGGCCUCACGGAUGAGCUCCCCUGCGUCACGGUGUAUGCAUUCUGGCAGACGCAGGAGGUGAGGGCCUCCUGCUACAUCCAGGGGCAACGGGGCACCUGCAUGGCGGAGCUGGAGCCCAUGACCAGCUGGUUCAGCCCGUCCGGCGAGAGCUCCAGCCGGGAGAGGCAGGAGCCGGCUGAGGGAAACACCAUGGAGCUCUACUACCAGGCCUGCCCCGGCCCCUGCGGCAAGCCUGCCACCGAGGACGACAAACGGCGGGGUGGGGCGGAGCGGCCGCAGGCGGACGACACCCCCGUCACACCCAUGCAGAGAAUCGGCAGCGUGCGUCUCCUGCAGGUGCCCCAGGGAGCCGCGUCCGUCUCCCAGCUCAAGCUCGGGGACGCCAUCAUCAUACAAACCUCCUCCAAGCCGCUGAAGAGAACGGACAUCGCCACCUUCUACGUCUUCAUGUCCAGCUCCUCCUCCUUGGACAGAUUCACGCUCAAAGCGACUGUGAAGAAGGGCGUGUCCUUCUGCACGGCCACGCCGAGCAACUCGCUCCUCUGGGAUACCACUCUGGACACCGGGGCAGAUGGCACCAUUUCAAUCCUGUGUCAGAGGAAGUCUGCUAUCCCUGGAAAAAGGUUGGAGAGCAGUCUCCUGGAGAUACUGCAGCUGGACUUCGAGGCGGAGGAGCUCAGCAGUCAGUCGGAGAGCCAGGUGAUCACAUGGCGGCUGGAGUUGCCCGGGAAUAACAAGGCAGGGGACGAAGGCACCAUGAGGAUCUACACCACCCAGAGGGACUUUGUGGGCCUGGCACCCUUGGUCAUGGACACAGAGAUCCUGAACACGGCGGUGCUCACAGGGAAAAGGGUGACAGUGCCGGUGAGGACGGUGGCAGUGGAGCAGGACGGAUCGGUCACGGACGUCUCUGAAUUCACAGACUGCCGGUCGACCAACGAGGACAUCCUGAAGGUGUCAGACAGGUGUGACUACGUCUAUGUGAACGGGAAGGAGAUGAGGGGGAAGGUGAAGAUGGCGGUGAACUUCACCUACAGCUACCUGAGCGCCCAGCUGGAGAUGACCGUGUGGAUCCCCCGCCUCCCCCUGCAGAUCGAGGUGUCCGACGCCGAGCUCAGCCAGAUCAAGGGCUGGAGGGUGCCCAUCGUCGCUAGCAAGAGAACUAGCUGGGACAGUGAGGAAGAGGAGGACCGCAAAGGGAAGGGCUGCAUGCUGCAGUUCCAGCAUGCCCUUGUGCGUGUGCUCACCCACUUUGUGGCCGAUCAGCUGGACCAGCGUGAGCAGGUGGCCUACUUCCUGGGCGAGGACUGGCAGGUGGACGUCACCAAGCUGGUGCGCUACUUCCUCAAGGUGGAGGAUCCACGCAUCGCAAGGCUCCACGCGGGGAGGGUGCUAUCAGGCCGGGACGUGGGCGUCACUGCUAUCCAGGUAAUGUCCCCUUUGUCGGACUCCAUCUUGGCUGAGAAGACGGUGUCAGUGCUGGACGACAAAGUGACGAUUACGGAGCUGGGGGUACAGGUGGUGUCUGGCCUCUCCCUUUCCCUCCAGCUCAGCCCAGGAAGCAACAGGGCCAUCGUUGCCACAGCUACCACACAGGAAGUGCUGCAAAGUCCUAAACAGGAAGCAGUGGUUAGCACCUGGAUCCAGUUCAGCGAUGGCUCCCUGACGCCCCUGGACAUCUAUGACCCCAGCUACUACAUGCUGACAGUGACGUCGCUGGACGAGGGCGUGGUGUCAGUGCGGAAGCCCCCGGUGGCGGUGGUGGCGGAGGGCGAGGGCCAGGGGGCGCUGGUGAAGGUGGAGAUGGUGAUCAGCGAAGCGUGCCAGAAGUCAAAGCGCAAGAGCACGCUGGCGGUGGGUAGCGGUAGCCUCAAGGUGAGGUUCCAGCCCAGCAGCCACCGCCCAGGUGGCCAGAGCAGCAGCAAACCAGAUAGCCGCAGCGACUAUGGGAACGAUGGAGAGGAGCUGGGAAGCAACCGCAAAGAGCUGCAGCCCCAGCAGGGCCUGACCAGCAGCUCCGUGUCCGAACGUGAGGAGAGCGCCAUGCGCAAGGUCACCACCACUGCCAAGUCCACUGUGCAGGACGUUGGCAGUGUCUCUGGCGGCAGCAGCGAGCUUGGCAUGGAUGCCAUUGGCAGUGUGGGUAGUGUCAGCAGCGUGGGCAGCGUGCGCAAUGUCGCAAACAUUGUAAACACUGGAAGUGCAGCCAGCCCAGGCGGUAACGGCGGGAUCGGUAAUAUUGGCGGCCCUAGCAGCGAUGGCAGCAUCAAUGAGCGCGGGCCCGGGAAGGAUCACAGCAACUUGGUGGAUUACACCAACUUCCCCUCCCAAGUGGAGGUGCCCAAGCAGAAGGAAGUAGAGGUAGAGGUGGAGAUGGGGAAUGACCUGAAGCAGGGCUCCCGCCCCCUCACGGACCUGGAGAUCGGCAUGUACGCCCUGCUGGGGGUCUUCUGUCUUGCGAUCUUGGUCUUCCUCGUCAACUGCAUCUCCUACGUGGUUAAGUUCCGGCACAAGCAGCCGCCCACACAGGGCCAAGAGCCGGCCGGCCACCGACACGACUGGGUGUGGUUGGGCACCGAUGCAGAGCUGGUGAUGAAUGUGCCAGGGACCCCACCCCAGCAGGAUAGCCACAACACCACCAUCAUCGACAUCGGGCCGGCCACAGAAAAGACGGCCACACUGGGCAGAAACACUAGCUACCCGCCCCAGGCCGACCCCCAGGUAAGCUGCAUGGGUUCCCUCCAGACCAAGCCGGCCCGGCGAGAGUCCAUCCACUCCCCAACCAGCAAAAGGAAGAGGGUCCAGUUCACCACCUUUGCCUCACUGGACAGUCGGAACCGCAGCCCCGACCCCCCGCCGAGGGAGAACGGCUUGGACAUCCAAUGGGUCGGGAAGGAGGAGAACUGUGAGGAACCCAAAGUGCCCACCCCAGACCACGUGGACCAUCUAUGA